CUUAAAUUUUUGAACGACAUGUCAUCCUCAAUUGCUCAAGCCGGUGAUAUUGAGACUUAAAUUUCCGUGCGUUUUUGUUGUUGUCGUUAACUGUUUUGAUAUAAUGCUCCAAGUACCUCCUGGUGUACCGCGCAGAUACGCUGCCUUGGCAGGCAUUGUUUUGGCAGCCCUAUGGAUCUGGGUAGCCUUCGACCGACCAUACCACUUCCCCACUCACACCUCUUGGAAUAUAUACACAGACAGACCUGUUACGAACUUUUAUUCAUCAGCGAUAGCUAUUUCCGACGUCUUCGAUUUCGAUCCUAUCGAGUCCGAGUCCAUCAAAAGCAUCUGUGAGGAAGCGCAAUGGAACCAAAGUAUAGUCUUUCGCUGUGAUGCUUCAGUCGGCGGUAUAGGCAACAUCCGGAAUUCAAUCCUGAAUUGUGUCAGAUAUGCCAUCUCAGCUGGAGCUGGGUUGGUAAUACCGACCAUCGUGAUGAGAGAUAGUGCUGACAUCUCUCUCAUUCGGACGGGAGUGAACACGGAGAUGAGAUUCAUGUUUGAGCCACAGCAUUUCGUGGACUCCCUGAGGCUCUCAUGUCCUUCUUUAAGGGUGUUCUCGACUGUAGCUGAGGUACAAAAUUAUGAUCUUGCCCCUCCUGCGCUCUCCAUUAUUCCGGAGGACUUGGUGAAAGAUCCGAUCCCAGCUACUGGGCUGAGAGCGCCUGAGAAGUGGCGAGCUCUUCUAUACGAAUGGCUGGAGCAGUAUCCCAAGACAGACCCCGACGCGCCGUAUAUCGUUUCACUAGGGCGAUCCUACCUCAAGUACCCCAUCUAUUCUGAUGGUGAAGGAUUCGCCCUCGCCUUCGGUGGCAUCCUCAAACUUCGGAAUGAUGUCCGAGUCCUUGCAACAAAAACUCUUCAGGCUCUUGCUGAAAGAUAUAAUUUUCAAGGAGAUCUUUCGGAAGCUAUUCUCCACAACUUGUUCUUUGGUGCCCAUCUGCGCACGGAGAAAGAUGCCGCCGAAGGCUGGCCAGUGAAUGACUGGGAAUAUUCUCGGUACGAAACCCAGGCGAAGCACUAUCUCGAGCAAGCACCGAGAUCAUCUCCCGCUGUGAUCUAUGUCGCAUCUGGCGACCUCGCUGAAGUCGGCAAAUUUGCCACAGAUGCAGCAGCAAUCAAUCUGACCGUCACUACAAAAUUCGAUCUAUUGACGGGACCAGAUCUGCAUGAAUUGAAUGCAUUGGCAUGGGAUCAGCAGGCGUUGGUAGACUUUCUUGUGAUGCAAAAAGCGAGCGAUUUUGCAGGAAUCGGCCAUUCAAGUUUUGCAUGGAACAUUGCACUGAAGCGGCAUACUUUGGCGGCAUCGAAGAAUCAUUUGGAUGGUCCACAGAUGUUGAGUGAUGAGUUGAGCCAGAUUUAUGGGAGAAUCAGGGGGUAUCCGGAGUAUGCUGCUUGUUUGUGGCCUUGAUAGAUCACAAGUCCAGACGGUUGUUGGACUUGAGCUGGAAUGGGGAACCCUCGGAUCCUGAACCUGGGUCUGCGGAAGGAGACAAAGGAAUGUUUUGAUGAAAAGGACGGGAGCCGCACUAUACCUACUCCGGAUCAUCAUUAUAGACCAUGCCUGUGAACUUCGAACUUACAGGGUCGGAGGUCGAGAAGAGUUUUAAAAAGAUACUCGAGUCCCAAGAACGCAGACACACCUUUGGACCGAGAAAGGAGAACUUGUCGAAGCUCAAAAGGCGCGACAAGAAAACAAAGAGGAGGAAGUACGCGAACAAAGGAUGCAUUGUAGCCAUCGUGCCAAUAGACACAUAAAACUUGAAUGAAAGAAGAUCAAACAGACGAAGCUCGAGGCUAACAGUCGCUGGUGAGAUGUCGUUGUUGCUCUCAUUGUUUUCUCGAAGCUUUAUCAAAUCGACUUCUCCCCCUGCUCAAGAAUUAUAUCCAGAGUCUGCAGUAUCUCACCUCAUCUUAGAGCUUCUGCCUGCCUCCUAAUCACUUCCCCUAUACACUCUACUCCCAACCCCCACCUCACUUCAAAACCUCCCUCCCCAACUCUACCAUGUGCGAACACGCCAAUAUCCGGCACCCAAUCUGCAACCACGUCGACGGCGUGAUGUAUUGCUGUGAGCACCAAUCUCGGACCGGCUGCAUUCCCGAAGAAUGUCCUGAUCUCCUGAUCUGCUUUAUUGAACCUCCGGAGGGCUCUGGGUAUUGUUCUUAUUGUCGAAGGAGGAAUAAUAGGAGGGAGAGGAGAAGGCGGUGGAGGGAGGAGGAGGAGAAGGAGGAGAAGGAAGAGAAAGAUAGGAUGGAAAGGGAAGAGAGGUAAUGAGGACGCUGGAUCGUCUGUGGAGGAGGAAAGCUAGAGUGAGUUGGUUGUGUGAU